AUGUCUAAAGACUGUCCUCGACUGAGUAGACUGGGAGUUCUGGCUCCAGCCGCCCUCUCAGCUUGCAUGGAUGCCUCGGUUUUGGCAGUACCAGCUGCAGGGGCCAUUGUGUCCACAGUCCUGAAGGAACUUAGCAAGGCAUUUAUGUUAAAAAAAUGGUUUCAUGGUGUAAUGUCUGCAAAAGAUGCGGAGAAUCUCAUCAUGGAGAAGGGCAGAAAUGGAUCGUUUCUUGUGAGGGAAUCUCAAACGCAUCCGGGAGAGUACGUUCUCUCAGUGAGGGUGCGUGGUAGAGUCAGCCACGUUAUGAUACGACGACAACAAAAUAAAUAUGAUGUGGGCAGUGGUGAGCAGUUUGAUGACUUGGUCGGAUUAAUUGAGCAUUUCCGAUCAUAUCCUAUGAUUGAAAAUUCUGGAGACGUGCUCCGUUUGCUGCAACCUGUAUCAGGGACCUGUCUGAGAGCUCAAGAUAUUAAUCGAAAAGUGCAGGAGAUGAAUGACAUACAAAUGACGGAAAAUAAGUCCGGCUUCGAUAGUGAAUUUCUUUCUUUCAAGAUUUUUGACGAAGUUAUUGGACUUUCACUGAACGAAGGCAUGAAAGCUGAAAAUGUUAAGAAAAAUCGAUACAGGAAUAUUUUACCUUAUGACCAAACGCGGGUGGUACUUCGCAAACGCAUUGGACGUUCGAUAAACACAGAUUAUAUAAAUGCAAACUACAUUCGUCCAUCAAGAUUAGGAAGUUACUCCAAUUCUGUGCAGUCAUCGAAUGAGAGCCUCGACAGUGUGCACUCUUUGAUACUAAGAAGCGAACCAAAGGAGAUGGUGCCAUUGGUUACGAAAUCUCUAUCAGAAGACACACUCAGGGAAGUAAAAAGAUGUAUAAAGCUGGACAAGUUUAACGGAAAUUUAUACAGAAACUUAGUCAACGAUAAGAUAUAUAUUGCAACGCAAGGGUGUCUCUCAAAUACAAUAGACGAUUUCUGGCAAAUGAUAUGGCAAGAAAAUGUACGAGUUAUUGCUAUGAUUACAAAAGAAGUUGAAAAUGGAAAGAGAAAGUGUGAACGAUACUGGCCGGAUCUUAAUCUUAAAGAAACAUACGAUGGUCUUACUGUCUCCUCCACCUCAGAGUCAUUCCAUGCGGACUAUAUAAUUAGGGAGUUUGUAGUCAGCGACAAAAUUUCUACCAGGACUAUCUAUCAGUAUCAAUUUACAACAUGGCAUGACCAUGGCACACCACCAGAUCCCCACGGUAUACUAGAAUUUAUUGAAAAAAUAAACAGAAAAAUGUGUGAAAUUACUCAAGAAAAUGAUGCUCCAGAAAAGAAUAUUUUGUGCGUUCACUGUUCGGCCGGCGUGGGCAGAACGGGAACAUUUAUUGUAAUAGACACGCUGAUUGACACAAUCAAGAUUUCAGGGUUUAAUUGUGAAAUAGAUGCGUAUAAUGCAGUGAAAUCACUUCGUGCGCAGAGACCGGGCAUGGUUCAAAAUAAAAUCCAGUACAGAUUUAUUUACUUGGCCCUCCAAAGUUACAUUGACAACAAAAAUGUAAAAUUAAAAAAGAAAGUAAGUAUAUAUUUACCUAAGUAUUGA